GUCAAAGCAACUGAAUCCCUCAGUGCCUCACUGCUGCACUCGCGGAGGCGACCAGGAUUGCUCGUCGUCCUCCACGGAGAUGGCGGCAUUGCCGGCCUAUCUCCUCCUCCUCCUCCUCAUCCUGGUGAUCCUCCGACCAGCGGCUGCGCCCGGCGCCGCUUCGCAGCCGCCUACCUCGGAGCCUCACCUCCCGCCGCCGCUGCUUGCUCAGAAGGUGCAGGUGUGGCCCAAGCCGACGUCCAUCUCGUGGCCGUCCGCGGUGUACGCGCCGCUCUCGCCGUCGUUCAGCGUCCGCGCGGUGCUGUCCCACCCGUCGCUCCGCCAGGCGGUAGCCUUCUACACCCGCCUCAUCCGCGCCGAGCGCCACGCGCCGCUGGUUCCCCCCGCCAACUACACCCUCUCCCGCGUCCCCGUCCGCACCCUCACGCUCUCCGUCUCCGACCCCGACGUCCCGCUCGGCCCCGCCGUCGACGAGUCCUACACGCUCUCCGUGCUCCCGGACUCCGGAUCGGCCGAUAUCUCCGCCGCCACGCCAUGGGGCGCCAUCCGCGGGCUCGAGACCUUCUCCCAGCUCGCCUGGGCCGGCGGCGGCGCCGCCUCCGGUGGCCAGCCGAUCGUCCCCAGCGGCAUCGAGAUCUCCGACCGCCCACACUUCACCCACCGCGGCAUCCUCCUCGACACCGCCAGGAAUUUCUACCCGGUCCGCGACAUCCUCCACACCCUCCGCGCCAUGGCCUUCAACAAGCUCAAUGUCUUCCACUGGCACAUCACCGACGCCCAGUCCUUCCCCAUCGUCCUCCCUACCGUCCCCAACCUCGCCAACUCCGGCUCCUACUCCCCCACCAUGCGCUACACCGAGAACGACGUCCGGCACAUCGUCAGCUUCGCCGCCUCCUUCGGCAUCCGCGUCAUCCCCGAGAUCGACAUGCCCGGGCACACGGGUUCGUGGGCGGGAGCGUACCCGGAGAUCGUCACCUGCGCGAACAGGUUCUGGGCGCCGCACGCGGAGCCGGCGCUGGCGGCGGAGCCCGGCACGGGGCAGCUGAACCCGCUCAACCCCAAGACGUACCGCGUGGCGCAGGACGUGCUGCGCGACAUGGUGGCCCUGUUCCCGGACCCGUACCUCCACGGCGGCGCCGACGAGGUGAACACGGCGUGCUGGGAGGACGACCCGGUGGUGCGCCGGUUCCUCGCCGAGGGCGGCACGCACGACCACCUCCUGGAGCUGUUCAUCAACGCGACGCGCCCGUUCGUGGCGCAGGAGCUGAACCGCACGGUGGUCUACUGGGAGGACGUCCUCCUCGGGCCCAAGGUCACCGUCGGCCCCACGAUUCUGCCCAGGGAGACCACCAUACUGCAGACGUGGAACGACGGGCCGGAGAACACGAAGCGCGUCGUCGCCGCGGGCUACCGCGCCAUCGUGUCGUCGGCGUCGUACUACUACCUGGACUGCGGCCACGGCGGGUGGGUGGGCAACGACAGCCGGUACGACAAGCAGGAGAAGGAGCGCGAGGGCACGCCGCUGUUCAACGACCCCGGCGGCACGGGCGGGUCAUGGUGCGCGCCGUUCAAGACGUGGCAGCGCGUCUACGACUACGACAUCCUGCACGGGCUGACCGACGACGAGGCGCAGCUGGUGCUGGGCGGGGAGGUGGCGCUGUGGUCGGAGCAGUCGGACGAGACGGUGCUGGACGCCAGGCUGUGGCCGAGGGCCGCCGCCGCCGCGGAGACGCUCUGGUCCGGCAACAAGGGCUCCAACGGGAAGAAGCGCUACGCGAACGCCACCGACCGCCUCAACGACUGGAGGCACCGGAUGGUCGAGCGCGGCAUCCGCGCCGAGCCCAUCCAGCCGCUCUGGUGCUCGCUCCACCCCGGCAUGUGCAACCUGUCGCAGUAGCAGUGUCAGUUUGCUCCAUCGCUUCGCCUCGCUGUCGCCUGCACAGUGCGAAGGAAUGUUCAGAAAUCCAAGUGACAGAAGAAGAAUCCGCAUCGAUCUUGGGGGCGUGACGUCGUACACUGAUUGCUGAAGAAACCAAGAACAGAAUAAACGAAUGCCUACUAAACAAAUGUUCUGUUCUGAUGCCCUCUUCCGGAGGGAACCCGCCGAUUGCGAAUUGUUCAAGAAAGUCGCGGACUUAUGCCGUGCAGAAAAGAAAGUUUUCUUUGUGAGUAGUUUCUGCACUUGAUGCUGAACAGAUUUUUGCACUGUUUAUUCCUUCAUUUUCACAAUAACACGGGUAGAUAGAGUAGUAGUAGUAUUUGGCUAGUGCAAUAGAUGAACAAGGUUGUAGUAGAAGUGCAGAACCAUCUGGUUGUAGUUUUGUACGAAGGGUAUCUUAAUAGAAAAAAGUUGGGAAAAAAUCACUGAUAGAUAUGUGAUUUUCGUUUUGAGGGUC